GUGAAGAACAGAGCUUUCUUUUGGGCUUGUUCUGUUUCAAUAUGGCUUCAUAAAAUAAACUUAUGUUUGCUCCAUGGAUCCAUCACUGCUGGAUGUUGGAGCAAAACUCCUGCUAGAAGAAACUGUCUGAGGCCUGAGGCCUCUAUGAAGUUACAGUAAAAGUUAUUUCUACAGGGUUAGCAGUUCUCAGUUUUGGAGAGCAAGUCCUGGAGAAGGAGAACGAGAUGUGGCCUGCUCCAGAUGAGUUACCAGAAUUCAGGAAGCCACACUGGUCCAUUGUGUGGAGCAUGCUGGGCUGGUCAGACACUGACUUGUGCUGGCCUUGGAGAGCAGAGAGAUGGGCUGAGUGUCAAAGUUUGGGAAAGGGAGUUUGGAUGGGGGAAUGGUGGCUCAGCAUGGAGCAUUUCAUGGCUGCCUGCUGGAGAAGCAACAGUUUGUGUCCCCCCCUUGCCCCUCCGACUCAGUGUGCUGCCAUCCUCCAUUGCCACUAUGGUUUUCUGUGAUGGGGAGCAGGAAAGGAGAGAGGAAGAAAGGAUGCUGAGUAAGUGUGUCUGAGCUCAGUAGAAGAGGUAUGUAUUUUAUCCUUGGUGAUGCUGGGGAGGGCAGGGAAAAAAGCUUGAGAAUUGUUGUAAUGAACUAAAUUAUGUAGCAAAAAAGAAGACCUCUUCCAUUUGAACAGAGUAGUACCUUCUUUUCUUGAUUUUUAAACUGCACCCCCACCCCCCCAAUUCUGCUAUUUUGUGCCAUUAAUGCUAAAAUAUACAGAACUCUUUGCUAGCAGUGGAUACAUGCCUAGCUUUUUGUGGUCUAGCUGCUAAAUUCCUCAUAGUUCUUUUGUAUCAUUCUUCCCUAGGCAGGAAUACUAGUUUGAUUUGGUUUUUUUUUUUCAAUCUUUAUUCUGUGUUUAAAUUUCUUCUGGCUUAACCCAAUUCUGAACAUUUAAUAUGACUUCUGCAUCUGCAGGCAUUAUCAUAAAUGCAUGUUACAACAACCAGAGCAAGUAGGGUAAAUCCAAUACUUUAGGUACAUUUUAUGUGGAGCUUUAGCAUAUUUUUGCAUUCAACUAACUCUGGGACUUUUUCAUUUCCUUGAAGGCCUAUUCCACCUCUGGGGAAGGUUUUUAUUUUACUGUUAAUGUAUGAUAUGUAGAAAAUUUAAGAAAUGCACAUGGGCAUACGGAGAGUUGGAUAAUACCUCGAGAGACUCUCAAAAUGGAUUUCCUGCAUUUAAAAUUGUGCUGUGUAGAGGCAGCAGGAUUAUGACUUGCACUUACACAGUCAGCAACUGGAAAAAUGCCAGAUUCUGAAAAUAAUUUGGUGUCUUCACAUGUGGAUGUUAUAAAUGGUACUUCAGUCUUGAGUGAAAUGAAAAUUUCAGAUGAAAAGAGAUCUGUUGAAAAAAGAACAGUGGCUCAGAUUGAGAAGAAUGGCUAUCCUGACUCGAUAUACAUAAAUGCAGCUAAGAUUUUUCAGGGCAUUCAUACUGAAAAGAGUGAGGAUAAAAUGCAGGUGCGGUAUGGCGAUAACUCAGAAUCUCCCAUGAUGGCUUUUAAAGAUGAGCAUUCCAAGCGUGUAUCUUAUGAGCUGGCUUUCAACACUCUAAAAUAUCAAGAUCUUCUUGAAGAAAUAUUGUUAGAUAGUCAUACUUACCCAUGCUACUCAAUACCAGAUGAGUUAACCAGUUUGCUUGUUGUGAUGCUUUAUGACCUACAAGACCGAAAGUUUAAAAAACGAAAGAUUUUUGCUGAAGAGGAACUUGUAGCAGAAGUUCAGGAAAUAGGCAAUUAUUUAUACAGUUAUAGGACCAAACUGGCAGCUGCGCUAGCACGAUGUCGCAUCAAAUAUGAUGCUCUUUCAAUUGAAUACUUUGUACCAGAAACCGUAUGCAAGCAGGAACAAAGGGCUUCUACUUUACCUCUCUGGUUUUGGGUAAACACACUUAAAAUCAGCCUUGAAGAUGUCAUUAGAGAUUUGGAGAUGAAGGGAUUCACAAAAGUUGAAUCUGUGUCAGACUUUGACCAUUACACGUAUGCUGUGGACCAACAUUGCCAUGAUGUAUUGGUUUUUCCUUCCUCUCUUAAAGAAGAACUGCUUAAUUUAGAUCUUUUUGCAGAUUGCAAACUCUUGCUGCAGGAUAAGUCUCGCAGCCUUGCUGUACAUGCUGCACAGGCGCUGUUGAGUGAAGGUGGUGACAUUAUAGUGGCCCACAUAGGUUCCCAUCUGACCAUUGCCCGUAUGUCAGUGCUGACAAAUCAGAGCAGAGCCAAAAUUUUUGCUUGCGGUGUGAAAUCUCUGGCAAAAGAAGAAGAGCUGAGCAACAGUUUCAGUCACAUGGGAUGUGAAAAUAUUCAGUUGUUACAUGAAGAUUUUACUGAGCUUGAACCAACAGACUCGAGGCUUGAUAAGGCAAAAGUUAUUUUGCUGCUACCACAAUGCUCUGGACUGGGUGCUGGCAAUCCAAUGGAGUUUAUUUUAAGUGAACACAGAGAUCCAGGAUUGCUACGAGACCUUUUCCAGGGAUUUGUGUCUGAGGAUAAACUCGGUGUUCUUGCUGAGAGGCAUCUUAAUGAGUUGAUCCAUGCACUGAAAUUUAAAAAAGUACAAGCUAUUGUUUACUGCACUUGUUCAGUUUACCCAGAAGAAAAUGAACUUGUAGUGCAAAAAGCACUGGAAUCUGAAGUGGAGGGAGAUAAAGUACGACGAUAUAGGCUUAUUCCUUCUGUUUUUUCUACUUGCACCAAUUCAGAGUCUUCCACUGAAAUGUUUUUCAAAAUAGAGCCAUCAGAAAUUUCCAGUGGCUGUUUCCUAGCUGUUCUACAGAAAGAGAAAGAUACUUCUAAAAAAGUGCCUGCUAAAGACAUUUUGGAUUCUGCUGCAGUAGAAAAUCUACUAGAUGACAUCACUGAAGAAAAACCAAAAGAAGAGGUGAAAAAGCAGAAAGUAAAACGUAAACGUAAGGUUGCUGCUAGUAAGCCAAAAGCUGCAAAGCUCCUUCCCCGCCAAACUGCAGCUAAUGUUAAGACUGAAGUUCCUGUGUCUAAAUCAGCCAGUAAGAUACCAGAACAGCAUGAGUACCACACAAAAAUACCCAGUGACAUACAAGAAAAGCGUGCGUCCCGAAAAAAAGCAGCCGGUAACUCACCACAGAAGACUGCGCACAGGAAAAAAACAGCCAAUAACACACCACAGAAGACUGUGAGCCAAAAAAAACCAGCCAGUCACUCACCACAGAAGAAAGUGCACCGAACAAAAGCAGCCAGUAACACAUAACAAAAGAAUGUGCACUGAACAAAAGCAGCCAGUAAAAUACCACAGGGGAAUGUGCACUGGAAACAAGUAGUAACAUACAACUAAAGAAGGAGCACCGAACAAAAGCAAGCACUAACAUAUCCAUGUCUAAAGCAGUCAGUAACACACAGCAAAAGAAUGUGAUCCCAACAGACAGCUGAAGAAAUCUGUGUACCACAGCCCCACUGAAAGUGCCAAAGCCCACAUCUCACCUGUCACCUCUGGGCAAGGUGUAUGAGAGACAGACACCUGCUCAAAAAGCAGGUGGAGAACAGAACAGGGUUGCA